AUAAUACUGCCACGUGUCUAACUUCUGGAACAUAUUCUUUGUAAGUCGGUGGGGAUCUCCAUUUUGUUGUGCCCUAAAUUUCGAAGUGAAGAGCUCCGAAUGACGAAUUUUUUUCUUUUUCCUUUGCGAAUUCGCCACUGUAUUUAACCAUCUCGCACUCGCAAAGAGCCUGUAUUCAACGCUACCUUCCCACCCUUCGAUGGCUUCUAAGAUUCUUGCAUCCGGUUUACGCCGCACCCUCACGGAAUUUUCUCCAGCCGUCUUGCGCUUACGCCAUAUCUCCACUGCCGCUGCUGUAGCCACUUCUCCGUCGGAACUCCAUGAGGAUGAAUCUGGGAUUUCUAUGAAAGGUGUUAAAAUCUCUGGACGACCGCUUUAUCUUGAUAUGCAAGCCACAUCCCCUGUUGAUCCUAGGGUGCUCGACGCUAUGCUUCCUUACUAUCUCUCUCGUUACGGCAAUCCACACUCUCGGACGCAUCUCUACGGCUGGGAAUCGGACCAUGCCGUUGAGACGGCUCGCUCCCAAGUUGCUGCUCUUAUUGGUGCCUCGCCUAAGGAGAUUGUUUUUACCUCUGGAGCUACUGAGUCCAAUAACAUAUCCGUCAAAGGGGUGAUGCAUUUCUAUAAAGAAAAGAAGAAGCACGUGAUUACCACUCAGACCGAGCACAAGUGCGUUCUUGAUUCGUGCAGACAUUUGCAGCAGGAGGGUUUUGAUAUUACCUAUUUACCGGUUGGGACCGAUGGGAUUGUUGAUUUGGAGAAGCUUCGUUCCGCGAUUAGACCUGAUACUGGCCUUGUUUCGAUCAUGGCGGUUAAUAAUGAAAUUGGUGUCAUUCAGCCAGUAGAGGAAAUUGGGAAAAUUUGCAAGGAAUUCAAUGUUCCCUUCCAUACCGAUGCGGCUCAGGCGCUUGGGAAAAUUCCAAUUGAUGUGGAGAAAUGGAAUGUAAGCCUGAUGUCUUUGAGUGGACAUAAGAUUUAUGGGCCAAAGGGUAUUGGGGCUUUGUAUUUGCGGAGGAGGCCGAGGAUUCGAGUUGAGCCCCAAAUGAACGGAGGAGGACAAGAGAGGGGCAUUAGGAGUGGGACCGUCCCAACCCCAUUGGUCGUGGGAAUGGGGGCAGCCUGUGAGCUUGCUAUGAAGGAAAUGGAAUAUGAUGAUAAGCGAAUCACUGCGCUGCAGGAACGGCUCUUGAAUGGCGUAAAUGCGAAACUUGAAGGAGUUGUGGUAAAUGGUAGCAUGGAGAAACGUUAUCCUGGUAAUCUGAACUUGUCAUUUGCGUAUGUGGAAGGAGAAAGCUUGCUUAUGGGUUUGAAGGAUGUGGCUGUUUCGAGCGGGAGUGCAUGCACGAGCGCCAGCUUGGAGCCUUCAUAUGUGUUGAGGGCGUUGGGAGUGGAUGAGGACAUGGCUCACACUUCGAUCAGAUUUGGCAUUGGGAGGUUCACCACGGAGGCUGAGAUUGAUCGAGCAGUUGAGUUGACUGUGCAGCAGGUGGAAAAGUUGAGGGAAAUGAGUCCCCUUUAUGAAAUGGUAAAGGAGGGGAUAAAUAUCAAGGAAAUCCAGUGGGCUCAACACUGAUUGCUUUUAUUCUCUAGUAUAAGAUAUCCAUAUGCCGCAUGUCUGUUUGGAUUUGUAUGGGAUACAAUGGAUUGUUUGGCAGUAAUGGCGAGGCAUCUGCGCUAUAUUACGUUGUACCAUAUGGAUACCCUUCCAUGUUUUCUCCAGGUUUUCCUCAUCCUCGCCCUUUUAGUGAUCCGAUGCUCUCAAGAAGCCCCUAUAUGCUCACGGAAGUUUUUUUUUUUUUUUUUUUUUUU